AGCCCCCGGGGCCGGUGUCCGGUGUUUGAGAGCCCAUACCCCGCUCCCGCAGAGACGCAGACGGGAUGUGAGCGGGAUUAUCGCUCGGCUGGGGGUAGGGGGGGUGGCUGCUGAAGCUUUGUUCUUCCCCUCUGUCAUCACAACCAGCAGACACGCGCUGCUUCCUGCAGCCUCGCGCACACAGCCUCUCUGACAUCCUCUUCUUCUUUUUCUUCUUCUUCUUGUUCCCGUUCUCCAGAGGGAGCGGAGACACGGAGACAACCGGAGAGGCCCGCAGCUUCACCGCAACAGGUCCGGGAACCGCUGGAAUAUAAAUACUACUAAUAAUACUAAUAAUACUAAUAAUAAUAGUAGUAAUAGCAGUAAUGUAGCUGAUGACGGAGACGCGCGGAGCGAAGAGAAGCGUUGACGGUGUGACUGUUUGAUGUUUUCGGCUGCUACCGGAUAAACCGUCAACAUGAUGCCGAUGUUCCUGACCGUGUACCUGAGCAGCAACGAGCAGCACUUCAGCGAGGUUCCCAUCACGCCGGAGACGCUGUGCAGAGACGUGGUGGAGCUCUGCAAGGAGCCCGGCGAGGCCGACUGCUACCUGGCCCAGGUGUGGAGAGGCUCAGAGCACGUGGUUGGAGAAGGCGAGCGGAUGUUGGAGGUGUUGCAGCGAGGCGGGCAGCAGAGGGGCGAGGUCCGUUACCUCCUGCGUCACCAGAGAGCUCCGGGACCAGAGACGGGUGGAUCCAGAGCUGCGGAUCAGAUGGUGAAGAGGAACCAGCUGAAAGCGUCGGUGGACAGAUGCGUGGAGAACGGGGUCUCCGUGACGCUGAGCGACCUGCAGGAUCUGGCAACACGACAGCAGCAGCAGAUCAACACCCAGCAGCAGCUGCUGGCUGCCAAGGAGCAGCGGCUGCGCCAGCUGAAGCAGCUGGACCACCAGGAGGAGUCUGAGACCAGCAGACUGCAGCAGCUCCGAGAGAACGCUCUCAACCAGGAGGCCAAACUGAGACGAGUCCGGGCCCUCAGGGGCCAGGUGGAGCAGAAACGCCUCAGCAACAGCAAGCUGGUGGAGGAGAUCGACCAGAUGAACGGUCUGUUCCAGCUGAAGCAGAGGGAGCUGCUGCUGGCCGUGUCCAGGGUGGAGGAGCUGAGCGAUCAGCUGGAGGCGCUAAGGAGCAACAGCCUGGAGCCUCCUCUUCCUCCUCCUCAUCUUCAUCAUCACAGCACCUCCUCCACGGCCGAGCUGGAGCGCCUCUACAAAGAGCUGCAGCUGAGGAACAAGCUGAACCAGGACCAGAGCGGGCGGCUGCAGCAGCAGAGAGACAGCCUGAACAAGAGGAACCUGGAGGCCGCGGCCAUGGACCGGAGGCUGGCCGAGCUGCGCCAGCGCCUCUGGAAGAAGAAGGCCGCCCUGCAGCAGAAGGAGAACCUGCCGCCUUGA